AUGGCAGACCGACGGAGAAUUAGGCUGACGUUUGGUGGUCGGGGUGGCGGCGUUAGCGGCAGCGAGCCGAUUGAGGGUUCUGGUCCUCGUCAUGCAAGAUCAAGACGUUUGAAUGCGUAUGUUAGGAGGGAGUUAGGUGGUGCAGGACCUUCACAUGCACCGUUUCAGCAUGAGCAGCAGUAUGGGACUGCUGGUGCUUGGUCGGGGGAGCACCAGUCACAGGGGAGCGCCCCCAUGUAUUCGUCUACUGGAGUGCCUUCAUCAUAUGAGGAUGAGGAUGAAGAUCGAGGAAGUCAAUCUGCUAGAGAUGCACAGUACGACCCUCAGGAUUACCGUACUGUGUAUAGGGGUGACCAUGGGAGAUAUGUUAGCAGUAGUGAACCAGGUCAAGAUUCUACCAGCUCGUUAGAGUCAUGGGUGGUGCAGGAGCCGAUGUCAGGUGGGCCUGAGGAUGGUACCGUUAUUCCGAGUUUUGGGGGUCACGUGUCUGCCUACAUAUGGGGUGGGCAGGAGCGAAACAUGCUGCGGUGUUUGAGCAGGACACAUUUGUGUUCUGAAUUGGGUAACUGGCGCGCUCGUCUUCCGUCGGAGCACCUGGAACCGAUUGAUGGCACUGGUCUAUCUCAUUUACCCGGGAUCAUGUUCCGGCGAUUUGACUGGCCCUUAAUUUUUGCUUUUGUUGAGAGAUGGCAGCCAGACACGAACACGUUUCACAUGCCUUUUGGGGAGAUCACGAUCAUGCUGCAUGAUGUGUAUCAUAUUCUAGGGCUUCGUGUCGACGGUUCCAUGGUUUCCACUACUCCUAGCACAGACGUUUUACAGGACGCGUGCUCGGUUACCUUGGAUAUGACUGAGGAAGAGCUGAAUGAGAAGUGCGGUACCAAAACCGUAUGGCAGGGUAGUGGGGUCCUGACUGAGAGGAUAGUGGAGUCGACCUUGGAGGCGCAAAGGCCCUUCAGUUUCCAUUACAGGGCGACCCUGUGGUUAGUACUCGGCGGUUGUUUGUUUUUGGACAAGAGUGGAAACCGUACUCAUCCUUCCUUCCUUAACGAGCUGUUUGUUGAGGAUGUUCAGAGUAGUGAGUACUCCUGGGGUUCUGCUGUGCUAGCAUACAUGUACCGGCGUGGAUCUACGAGUACUUUCCGUGUUUCCGGCCUCAGCAGGGGACCUUGA